UCAGUCCCGCAGGGCUGUGGGCGGAGUUGUGGCUCCCAGGCCAGAGGCGGGGGUCUUUCGGCUCCGGCCCUCUGUUCCAGGCCGGGUGGGAGUCUGCAGGUUCGAGCUGCGCGAUGCGGAGGCUGCAGGUGGUGCUGGGCCACCUGAAGGACCGGCCCGAUUCGGGCCCGGAGCCGGCACCGCGGGCCGCGCCAUGUUGGAGCAGCGCUCGGCCGUCGGCGGCCGACGACGUGGUGGUGGUGCACGGGCGGCGUACGGCCAUUGGCCGAGCGGGCCGCGGCGGCUUCAAGGACACCACCCCCGACGAGCUUCUCUCGGCCGUCAUGACCGCGCUUCUCCAGGACGUCAAGCUGAGCCCGGCGCAGCUGGGGGAUAUCUGCGUGGGAAAUGUGCUUCAGCCGGGGGCUGGGGCAGUCAUGGCCCGAAUCGCCCAGUUUCUGAGUGACAUCCCAGAGACUGUGCCUUUGUCCACUGUCAAUAGACAGUGUUCGUCGGGGCUCCAGGCAGUGGCCAGCAUAGCUGGUGGCAUCAGAAAUGGGUCUUAUGACAUUGGCAUGGCUUGUGGGGUGGAGUCCAUGUCCCUGGCUGACAGAGGGAACCCUGGAAAUAUCACUUCGCGCUUGAUGGAGAAGGAGAAGGCCAGAGAUUGCCUGAUUCCUAUGGGGGACUCUGGGGAAGGACUUGAUGCUGCACCUGCACCUUCCCUCGGACCCCAGGAGUUCUCUGGCCUAGCCUGUCGCUCCCACCCUGAAGGGCUCAAUCACACGCGGGACGAUGGCAGCUGCACCCCAAAGCUUUGGAGGCCUAGAAAGUUGAGGAAGGGGGAGGCUUUUGAUUCCCGGACAUGCUGGAUAACCUCAGAGAAUGUAGCUGAGAAGUUUGGCAUUUCACGGGAGAAACAGGAUACCUUUGCACUAGCUUCCCAGCAAAAGGCAGCCAGAGCCCAGAGCAAGGGCUGUUUCCAAGCUGAGAUUGUGCCUGUGACCACCACGGUCCACGAUGACAAGGGCACCGAGAGGAGCAUCAUCGUGGCCCAGGAUGAGGGUAUCCGCCCCAACACCACCAUGGAGGGUCUGGCAAAACUGAAGCCUGCCUUCAAGAAGGGUGGCUCUACCACGGCUGGAAACUCUAGCCAGGUGAGUGAUGGGGCAGCUGCCAUCCUGCUGGCCCGGAGGUCCAAGGCAGAAGAGUUGGGCCUUCCCAUCCUUGGGGUCCUGAGGUCCUAUGCAGUGGUUGGGGUCCCACCUGACAUCAUGGGCAUUGGACCUGCCUAUGCCAUCCCUGUAGCUUUGCAAAAAGCAGGGCUGACGGUAAAUGAUGUGGACAUCUUUGAGAUCAAUGAGGCCUUUGCAAGCCAGGCUGUCUACUGUGUGGAAAAGCUAGGACUCCCCCCUGAGAAGGUGAACCCUCUGGGGGGUGCCGUGGCCUUGGGCCACCCACUGGGCUGCACAGGGGCUCGACAGGUCAUCACACUGCUCAAUGAGCUGAAGCGCCGCGGGAAGAGGGCGUAUGGGGUGGUGUCCAUGUGUAUUGGGACUGGAAUGGGAGCCGCUGCUGUCUUUGAAUACCCUGGCAACUGAGGCCCCAGGCUAGAGGCGCUACCCAGUCCCGCUCUGGCGGCAAGAAAGCAACACUACAGAAGUGGCACCGUGUGGGCAAAUCAAGGCACUGCAACUAAUUUGGAAAAUGUGAACACUGACAACACAGUACAGGAGUGCGUGAGGUAUUGGGGUGCCCUCUGGCAGGCCUCCUUUCGCUGGGCCAGACACAGUCGGCCUGGGUUACCCAGGCCACCAUGUGAUUCCUGGGGAAAUUCCUGUGGAUGAGGAGUGCAGUCAACCUACUAAAUAUAUGUUAUCUUAUCUUGGUA